CUGCGGGGGCGGGUGUCUCCGGGGAGCCGUGCCGGUGCUUUGGAGGCGCCCUCGGGGAGUGUGGAGGAGGGAGAAAAGGCGAACCGAGAGUCCCCGGGGAGGCCCCACGCCGCACCCGAGAGCGGACCAGGUCGCCUCUGCAUCAGGUUGACCCUGAAGUGCGAGUCGCUAUGGACAGGUGUCCGGGUGAUUGGCCGUGAUGUAUUUACCCGGAAUGUUACAAGUUGUCAGGAGCCAAGCAUUCCUGGCUCUCAGCCCCCUGCUGUGGUCCUAUCUGUGCAGCUUCCCCAGUCCCCCUUCUUAGGCAUCUCCUCUUAGGACAGACCUAGCAGGCUGGGGAAGGCCUCCUGACCGUUUACACUGCCUUUCUUUGCGUUAGUAUGAAGGAAUCCUCCACAAUUUGCUGGACAUGCCGUGCUUGUAAGGUAAAAACUUCCAUGGGCGCCUUCCUCCUUAAAAGCCUCGUGGUGGAACAUCGGUUUGACCCAUUCAAUGGAGGGAUGAAAGAUCAACCCAGGACCAUGCUGUGAAUGGAAGGGACCUGUCACUAUGCAGAUAGUACAACACUCGCAACAGACACUCAAAACAGCUCUCAUCUCAAAGAACCCAAAGCUUGUAUCACAGUAUGAGAAGUUAGAUGCUAGGGAGCAGCGUUUAAUGAAUGAAGCCUUCCAACCAGCCAGUGAGCUCUUUGGACCUAUCACCUUGCAUUCACAGUCAGAUUGGAUCACCUCCCACCCUGAGGCACCUCAGGACUUCGAAGCGUUUUUCAGUAAUCCCUACCGAAAGACACCCUCUCCAGAGAAACACAGUAUUUAUAUACAGUCCAUCGGAGCUCUAGGAAACACUAGAGUUAUCAGUGAAGAAUAUAUUAAAUGGCUCAAGGGCUACUGUGAAGCAUUUUUCUAUGGCCUGAAAGUGAAACUCCUGGAACCAGUUUCUGUUUCUGCAACUAGGUGUUCCUUUAGAGUCAAUGAUCAUACGCACAAUCUACAAAUUCAUGCAGGGCAGAUCUUGAAUUUCUUGAAAAAGAAGAAGCCUAACGAUGCCUUCUGUGUUGUGGGAAUAACUAUGAUUGAUCUUUACCCAAGAGACUCAUGGAAUUUCGUCUUUGGGCAAGCCUCUCUGACAGAUGGUGUGGGGAUAUUCAGCUUUGCCAGGUAUGGCAGGGAUUUCUAUACCUCGCACUAUGAAGGCAAAGUGAAGAAACUCCAGAAAAAAUCUUCCAAUGACUACUCCAUUUUCGAUAACUAUUGCGUUCCUGAAGUCACUAGUGUUUUACUGCUGCGGUCCUGUAAGACUUUAACCCAUGAGAUUGGGCACAUAUUUGGACUGCGACACUGCCAAUGGCUUACAUGCCUAAUGCAAGGCUCCAAUCACCUGGAAGAAGCUGACCGGCGCCCUCUAAACCUUUGUCCUAUCUGUUUACGCAAAUUGCAGUGUGCUAUUGGCUUCAGUAUUGUAGAAAGAUACAAGGCACUGGUGAGGUGGAUUGAUGAUGAAUCUUCUGAUACACCAAGAGCAACUCCAAAACAUAGUCGUGAAGAUAAUGUGAAUUUGCCAAAACCCGUGGAAGCCUUUAAGGAAUGGAAAGAGUGGAUAAUAAAAUGCCUUGCUGUUCUCCAAAAAUAAGAACCUUCAGAUAGAAGUAAUAAAAUAAAUACUUGCACCACAA